GUGGGAUGUUUUGAAUUCUACCUGAGCAAGUCACCUCAAGAAGGCUCUCGAGAGUGGAUCCUCGCUCACGUUCUUGUUGCAGUCGGAUUGUGAAGUGCAACCAAAGCCAGAGUGAAUGAAUCUGUACAGGAGUUUUGGGAACCUAAUGGAGGCCUGGGUGGCCGAGCAACAUCCGGACCCCGAAUUGCUGGAGGAUAUUUCCAAAGAUUCCCCCUCACGUUCUUCGCAUUCUUAUUCCGCCUUGGAGAAAAAUGCGCGGACAGAAUCGGUGGACUCCGGAGUGGAGACAGCCAGCACUGACACUUUCUUUCCCACCUCGUCAUUGUCCAUGGAUAUGGCAGAGACGGACUCUUUUGCAUCCGGGGCAGGGAAUGACAACCACGUCCCAUUUUUGUCAGAUGGAUCCGCUUCGUUACCCCCUUAUUUGUCACCGCCUGCCCUCUCCCAGCCUACAGACCUCAGAAGAGUUCAGGGAUCCGUAGUCUUUAACCAAAAACUCAGACAAGCUCUCCAGAGAUCCGAGUCCCGGCAAGGUCCUGAGCCGCACGCAAUCGAUCAACGUGAUCAUACCGCUUCUCGACGCAGAACCUCCAUUCUGAGGUCGGAGAGUUUCGGCUCAUGGCAGAUAUCGGGCGUGAGGAAACAAAUCCUGGCUUCCAGAACAAGGAUGGGACCAACGCGGUUGCAAUCGGAGGAUGUCAGAAACCAGUCUGCCGACAUGACUUUGCACCCGCAGGCAGUGGAAGUAAUGGAAGGGAAAAUUCAGCAGGCCCCCCCUGAGGUGUUCUCCACGGGGCUGAGUCCUGGGCUCAGGUACUUGGAGCAGGUGUGCCAAAAAUGGGAGGACGUCGCAAAGCAGCAGUUUGUCAAUGGUGGCAGCAGUGUGGACAGGGCUCGGACUUCCAGCAGCUGUCAAUCAUUAGAGCAGAGUCAGCCACUCACUUUUUACAAGGUUCGGCUGGAGAGCCUUUCAAACAAGGACAAACAGCUCGAGGAAGUUCCGGAAUAUUUUCGACAGAGAUCAGCUUCCGAAACGACCGUGUCGUCAACACAGCCACGUGAGUUUUCAGCAGGAAAGUUUAAGCUGGGCUCCAAAGGGCAUCAGUCGAGUACAUUCAACCGACUUGGCAAGGAGGCUCAGAGCAAUAAAAUACAGGGCGACUUUGCUAAUGUAAGCGCCAAGAACAGGAAGAUCAAGUUGUUGUCUCGGAAGAAGGACGGGCCCAGUCUUCAAAAUACAAAUAGCCAACCGAUGCAGUUCUUUGAAAGUAACGCCGCCCGGCGACAACUCAGCAAACUGAUCAGGAGGAGGUCGAAAACUCUUCCCAUUCAUACCACACAUUGACCAUGGCAGGAAAAGUAACAAUACAUUUAGCUGUAGACAUCUGAAGAUGAUGUAAGUUAUGAUAAAUAUGCAAAAUUUGUCAGUAUUUUGUUUCCUCUAUGGCUGUUAUAUGCAAUACCUUUCACUGCAAAUAUUAUUUCAUUUUAAUGUGUAAAAAGUCAUGAAACAGAUGCAAUAUUUACGAAAUAUACACC